AUGAAUAGUACAGCUACAACUACUACUCCACCACUAAAGAAAGAUCAGUCAAGACCUUAUAAAUGUCCUCAUUGUGAUAAGGCUUUCCACAGAUUAGAACAUCAAACAAGACAUAUAAGAACUCAUACCGGGGAAAAGCCCCAUCAAUGUACAUAUGAAGGGUGUAACAAGAGAUUCUCAAGGUCAGAUGAAUUAACAAGACAUUUAAGAAUACAUACAAAUCCAAAUUCACGAAAGAAUAGAAAAGAAAAGAAGCCAAAAAUUGAAAAGAAAAUAGAUUUAGAACUACCACCUUCAAUAUCAUCACCAAGACCAAGUUUAGCUAAAAAUUUAUCAUCCAUAGAGAUUCUUGCAAAUGCAGCUUCAAAAGAACUACAAUCUUUACAAUCAAAAAGUUUCCCUUCAUUAACAAAUUAUUUUCAACAUAAUAAUCUUUCACAAUUUAGUAAUAUAAUAUCACAACAAGGGUAUUUGGAAAAUAGACAUCGUGUAUUGGAAGAAGAUGAUUUAGACUAUGUCAAACAAAGGUUGAAAAGAUCAAGACCUACUAGUCCAAAACCAAAAAAUUAUACUUUACCAAAUUCACCAAUAAUGGGAUUUUCAGCAGCUACAACUCCAUCUAUAUCAACAUCAAAUUCAUCUACUAAUCUAAGUUCAUUGGCCAUGACUGCUGCUAGAUCAACUACUCCAUUACACUCAACAUUACAAACUCCGAAAAUGUCACCAUCAAGUUCAGAUGCUUUACCUAGUUUAAAAAGUUUAAACUUACCCACUGAAUAG